GAACGGCGCGCGCGUCACACCGGCGGCUGGAAGUGUGAACGAUCGGGAUCGGGACGCGUGAACGCAACAGCGGCCGGUUUAUGGGCUCGAACGCCGCCGCCGACUUCCUCAAACCGCGCGUGAGCUGCGGCCGAACUUCGCCCCGCGGCGCAUUUAUGGUCCCUACCUUUGAAACUUCACCUGAGAUAAUAUUUACCGAGCAAAAUCCAGCGUGUCACAUAACUCCAAAAAAAAAAAGAAAGAAAGUGCAAGCUGCUGUGCGUGUGCGCCGACGAGCUUGUGGUUCGCACACUUUCCCCUCAGCGCAGAAACGAUGGUGUCCAUCGGCAAGGUGCUCCUCGGAUUGUGCGGGUUGGCGGUGGUCAUCAUUCUGAUUGCGGUUCCCACGGCGAUCUUCCUGAACAAAGAGCAGGAGGGGAACAUGAGAUCUUUUACACUGGAGGAUGUCUUCAACAGUUCCCUGAAACCAAAGUCCUUUGGCAUGAGGUGGAUCUCAGAUCACGAGUAUCUCUAUAAUACCAAUGGCUCAGUCUUCAUCCUCAACGUGGCCACAGGCGGCUCCUCGGAGUUCUUGAGUAAAGACCGCUUUAGUGAAAUCGGGGCUUACGAUUACCAGCUGUCCGGUGACCGAAGAUAUGUUGCAUUUAUGAGCAAUCGUUCCAAGCUGUGGCGGCAUUCAUUUACAGCUACAUAUUCACUCUAUGACUGCGAACUAAAGAAAUUUCUCACACCGUCUGACAUUCCUGAGGAAAUCCAGUACUUUGCUUGGGCUCCGGUGGGGAACAAACUGGCCUACGUUUGGGGAAAUAAUGUGUAUAUAAAGAGCAGCCCUGGAUCGCCCCCGAAGCAAGUCACCCACAAUGGCAAAAAGGAUGUCAUUUUAAAUGGGAUCCCGGACUGGGUGUAUGAGGAGGAGAUGUUCUCGUCCAAUCAGGGGCUCUGGUGGUCACCUGAAGGGAAGUACGUGGCCUACGUUGAGACUAAUGACACGGACGUGCACGCCAUAGAGUACUCCUGGUAUGGCGAGAACCAGUACCCCAGCACUGUGUCCAUUCCAUAUCCAAAGCCGGGUACACCCAACCCUACGGUCAAGCUGUUUGUUGUGGACACCAACACGACGAGAGUCACUGAGGUUGUUGUUCCAGCCGCCUUCAGCUCGAGUGACCACUACUUGGCAACCAUUACGUGGGCAACAGAUGAACGCCUGGCUGUCCAAUGGCUGAAGAGGGUACAAAACCACCUCAUCCUUCAGAUCUACAACUUUAGUGGAGCCGGCUGGAAUCCCGAGGAGCAUCUGGAGGUGAAGAGUCUCACGGGUUGGAUAGGCCGGUUCUCCCCACCAGAACCAGUGUUUGACGCGGACAAGAACAAUUAUUACCUGUUGAUGAGCAACGCCGCCGGCUACAAGCACAUCCAUCACGUGGUUGGGGGCGAAGCCACAGCGAUCACCUCUGGAACGUGGGAAGUGGUGGACAUUCUGAAAGUGACCGCAGAUGGCGUAUAUUAUUCAAGUAAUGAAGAGGGCAACAAGCCAGGAGGAAGGAAUGUCUACAAGUGGACCAAACAAGGGUCUAAGUGUCUGACUUGUAUGAUACUCGAGUCAGACAAGUCAAACUGUCAGUACAACUCAGUCUACUUCAGCCACAAUGCCUCCUUCUACCGACUAAGCUGCAGUGGUCCGGGCAUCCCUUACCAUUCUCUCAUCGAUAACAGGGACGAUAAAGUGAUCAAUGUUUUGGAGGACAAUAAAGCGUUUAGCAGCCUGAUAGCUGACAUCCGGAUGCCCUCCAUGCGUCGCCGCGCCAUACAACUCGCAGGACACAAUCUCUGGUACCAGAUGUUUUUGCCUCCAGCUUUCGAUGAAUCCAAGAAGUACCCUUUGCUAAUCGACGUGUACGCCGGCCCCUGCAGUCAGAAAGCAGACUUCGCCUACAGGGUGAGCUGGUCCACCUACCUGGCCAGCGCCGAGAAGGUCAUCGUGGCCAGCUUCGACGGGAGGGGAAGCGGCUACCAGGGCGACAAGUUAAUGCACGCAAUCUACAAAGCCCUGGGAACCUACGAGGUGGAAGAUCAGAUAACGGCAGUCAGGGAGUUCAUCAAAAUGGGUUUCAUUGACAAAGACAGAGUUGCUAUUUGGGGCUGGUCUUAUGGUGGAUACGUGACGUCGAUGGCGUUGGGAUCUGGAAGUGGAGUUUUCAAAUGCGGAAUGGCGGUUGCUCCAGUGUCCAAAUGGGAAUAUUACGAUUCCAUCUACACGGAGCGCUACAUGAUGGAGCCCUCGCAGAAUCCGGUGGCCUACGCUAAUUCCACAGUAACUGCCAGGGCCAAGAACUUCCACUCAGUGCAGUACCUCCUGGUUCAUGGAACAGCUGAUGACAAUGUUCAUUUCCAGCAGGCAGCUGAGAUCUCUGAAGCUCUAGUGAAUGAGCAGGUGGACUUUGAGGCCAUGUGGUACACGGACAAGGACCAUGGACUCGGCGGCUCGGCCUAUCAACACGUCUACACACACAUGAGUCACUUCCUGCAGAGAUGCUUUGCAUAAAGUCCACUGGAUGUCUCUUCACAUCAUGUGAAUAACCAACAAAUAGGGAACACAGUCCAAUUGUAAAUGCAGGCUUGAUUAUUAGUGCUCGCAACGCCAAGAAAAGCACAACAUGGUACAUGUCAUUCUAUAAAUUUUGUGUUGCGUAAAUUCAGAUAAAAAUGCAUCUUGUCUGUAAAUUUUAACUUGUAUGCAAUCGUCUGAUUUGUUUUGUAAAAUAAUAAAGAAUUAAAUAGCGAGAACUCAUUUUGUUUGAAA